GUUGCUAUAAAAAGGCCUUCCACUUACACUGAGACUGCAGCUAUAGAUAUUGUUGUUGGUCGGUUAUCAUAUCUAUCUUUCUAUCCUCUGCACUCUCAUUCCUACAAUAAUAAUAUUUUUAUUUAUAAAUUCUUUCACUCCCUUAUCUUUCUGAUCACACAAACCCUACUUUCAGACCCUCCUUCUGCAUAACCCUCUCCCAUACUCUGCACCCCCCCUUUUCUCAUCUUCCCCAUUUCUCCAACCUCUCUCCCAUCAUCUUUCAUGGAUGUCGACAUAGUGAAAACUGACGGAAGCAUGGACAUGAUAGCAAUGAUGAUGCAAAUGGAAAAGUUCCCUGAAUUCUCUGAUCAACCUUUUUAUAACACUUACCAAGAAAUCACCAACAACACUGUUCCAUUAUUUAACCUGAACCAAAAUGCACUAUCAUCUCCACAAUCUUUGAAUAAUAUUGAUCCAGUUCUACACUCCAAUGUCAAUUUCCAACAACACUUGAAUAUCACACCACCACCUCUUCAAACUAACUCUUCAUCAUUUCCUUACUCGCAGUCGAAUUCUUCUGAAAAGAAGAAUUCGAUGGCAGCGAUGAGGGAAAUGAUAUUUAGAAUAGCAGUUAUGCAACCUAUACAUAUCGAUCCGGAAGCCGUUAGGCCGCCGAAGAGAAGGAAUGUGAAGAUAUCAAAGGAUCCACAAAGUGUAGCUGCUAGGCAUAGAAGAGAAAGGAUAAGUGAGAGGAUAAGGAUAUUGCAAAGAUUAGUACCUGGUGGAACCAAAAUGGACACUGCUUCAAUGUUAGAUGAAGCUAUACAUUAUGUGAAGUUUUUGAAGAAACAAGUUCACACGUUGGAACAAGUAGGUGCUAAUAAUAGAUCACAAUCACACAUUGGUGGUGGAUUCAUUGGAGGGAAUAAUAUGAUGAACAAUUUUAAUAAUGUGAAUUAUAAUUCUGGUUUGAUGAUGAAGGGUUGUCAACCUUUUCAAAUGGUGGGUUCCACUUCCAAACAAUUGCUUAGCUAGUUAAGGAAAUUAAUCUAUGUAAGACAUGGAAUUAAGUUGCUUAAUUAAUUGUUUCUUAUGUAGUGUUAAUUGGUGCAUGGUUUUGUGGAUCAUGUUAUUGUAAACACAAUUAAUGUUUCUUCAUGUGUUUGUCAAUGUAAUUUCUGAUAUUGAAUGAUCACUUCUUU